GCUUGCAUCAUAAUAGCCCUGUUGGUAUGUUGAGCACUGGUCAGGACAGUGAUUUAGUGAGGAAGUAGUUUCUCUACUGAUUUGUUGUUCGUGAGUGUACAAGUGAACUAGUUUGAUUCUUCGUUAUUGUUAGCCGACUCUCUGAGCUGAGUUUCAGGGAGAAAGGUACUGAUUGGAGUCACUCUCUGAAGAGGUGAACCAUGAAGCAGAAACGAAAAAGGAAGCAUCUAGAAAGGACAAGUUCCCCCCAAACUGUCAAGAGGUCAAAAGACAAUACUCUGGUCCCUGAGGCAAAAGGUGAAUCCUCUGAAUCAGAAUACUUCUCCUGCUAUUCCUCCUUGAGUCAUCUGUCUUCUGCAGGAAUCUCAAAAACAAGCAAAUUUAAUCCACCACCUGGCCACUGUUUGGAAGACAAUACUCUGGUUCCUGAGGCAAAAGGUGAAUCCUCUGAAUCAGAUUACUUCUCCUGCUAUUCCUCCUUCAGUCAUCUGUCUUCUGCAGGAAUCUCAAAAUCAAGCAAAUUUGAUCCACCACCUGACCCCUCUGUGGAAGACAAUACUCGGGUCCCUGAGGCAAAGGGUGAAUAUUCUGAAUCAGAAUACUUUUCCUGCUAUUCCUCCUUGAGUCGUGUGUCUUCUGCAGGAAACUCAAAAUCAAGCAAAUUUGAUCCACCAACUGGACCCUCUUUGGAAGACAAUACUCUGGUCCAUGAGGCUAAAGGUGAAUCCUCUGAAUCAGAAUACUUCUGCUAUUCCUCCUUGAGUCAUCUAUUUUCUGCAGGAAUCUCAAAAUCAAGCAAAUUUGAUCCACCACCUGGCCCAUCUUUGGAAGACAAUACUCUGGUCCCUGGGGCAAAAGGUGAAUCCUCUGAAUCAGAAUACUUCUCCUGCUAUUCCUCCUUGAGUCGUGUGUCUUCUGCAGAAAUCUUAAAGAAGCAAAAGGAUACUCCACAGCCUGGUGAGAGUACCUCACAGGAAGAACACAGUGCCGUUGUCUCAAGUGACCUCCCCUGUGCCUCUGAGAAUAAGAAUACGGAAGUCUUAAACACAGAUGAAGACAUUCUACUUUCUGGACCCUCUGGGUUGGCCCAAGGCCACAGCCAGAGGGCAGAAGUUUCAGACUCAGAAUAUAUUUCCCGUAUCUCUCCUGCAGACAAGCUCUUUGACAGAG